CGGCGUUACAUGUGACACACAACGGAUGGGAUGACUUCACACAGUGACGUCGUGAAUACUUUGGGGAAAAUAGUUCGCUUUUUUUUUAAUCCAGUAAAUAUAAUCGUUCGAGCAGCGCUUGAUACAUACGCAACUAUACGUAAAAUAAACAUGUUCCGUGUAUAAAUAAUCAAAGUUAUCCGAUUGGUAGAACAAUAAGCCAAUGUCUCGGUAGAUAUACCGCUGCACAUGCGCACGACCCGUGGUUUGUCCCAUUAAUGUUCAGUCGUCCCUCUUCCUCCCAGCAGCAUAGCGCACAGAGAAGCGAACAUGGAUGACGUCGAGGAAAGCGAGAAAACUUCGCCUGGAAUUCUGCAAGAGAUCUUUACGUCCCCGUUGAAUCUGUGCCUGCUUGCUCUGUGCUUGUUUCUUCUGUAUAAGAUCUUUAAAGGCGACACCCCGAUAGACCUAGGGGAGGUGGAACCACAGCUGCCCAAACUCAAAAAAAGAGAUUUUACCUUGUCUGAGCUGAAGCCAUACGAUGGUCUCAUAAACCCAAGGAUUCUCAUGGCUGUCAAUAACAAAGUAUUCGACGUGACUCGUGGGAAAAAGUUCUAUGGACCAGAGGGCCCUUAUGGAGUAUUUGCCGGCAGAGAUGCUUCCAGAGGAUUGGCCACGUUCUGCCUGGACAAGGAGGCGCUGAAAGACGAGCACGACGAUUUGUCGGACCUCAACUCCAUGCAGCAGGAGAGCCUGAGCGAGUGGGAGACCCAGUUCACCCAAAAGUACGACUAUAUCGGCAAACUCCUGAAGCCGGGCGAUGAACCCACGGAGUACACCGAUGACGAGGAGACGAAGGACAAGAAGACAGACUAGUGGCUCUGUUUGCUCUCAAGAGUCCCUAUUUGCCUUAACUCUCUCGGUGACUAUUACAAUAAUGACUGCCUUUUGUUAGACACUCAUCCUCUCGCCUCCUAUGUGUCCUUUGUAACUGAUCUAGAUUUUAAUAUGUUUAUGAAUUGACAUGUAAAUAUUAUUAUCUGGGUUCUAGAUAUUUCUAUUUCACAGACUCCCUUUUUAAAUACUGCCGAACAGAGUUGAGGUGGGUGUUGCAGUGAAAUGGUUGGAACGUCUUGUGACAUUAAUCCAACUGAUUAAUGGGGAGAUCAAAUAUUGAUCUCCAGAUAGUGGCUUCAACUAUUGUUUUAGCCAUUAUACUGACCGACUCCCUUUUUAAUGAGUUAAAGGAUUAUGGACUGUUCUAUUGUCAAAUUGAUUUGUAUACUGUAGACUAUUAGAGCAUAGAAAAGCUGUUUUAGGAUUUGUUUGACUAGACUUUGAUUAUACUGUACAGUCAUAACCAACACUCGGUUAUGGACAUGCCUGCCCCAAAACAAUCAUUGGACUCAAUUUUCAUCCGUAAGAAAUAACGCUUGCAAACGUCUGUUUUCAGAGAUAUAAUUCCCCACACAAAGUUUUGCUGCAAGUAGUAAUUAAAGUUCCAUGUUCCGAAAACAUGUAAAUAUCCACGGUUGGACUAUUUUGCCUUUAAAGGCUCAACAUAUGCCCCUCAUUUGUAAUGGUAAGACCCCCUGUUUGGUAGUUAAGGUGUGCUAAACAAUGAAUCCAGCAGUUUUUGUAAGAUAAUGAGAGACUUAAUGUAGAAUUCUGUCCCGGCUUGUUGUAAACAUUCCUUUUUAUUUCUUUCCCUCCAUGUUGGAGCCUACUAAAUUCAGGAAGUGGGUUUGUUGAUUGGCAGUAUUUCAUGCUGUACUUCAUGCAUCGGAUUAGUCCAAAUGUUCCUGUGAAAAAAGUAUCUCAAUAAACCUGGCGUGAAUUUGA